AUGUCAAUUCAAAAAAAAGUGACAAAAUUAACAAAACAAUAGAGUGAACAGGGGAAAUUUUAAAAUAUGUAUUAUGAAGUGCAAUUACCAUAUUUCAAUCCUCAAUCCAACUCAUUAUUUGCAACAUCAUUAUUGAAUAAUCCUUCAUUAUUGAAUAUUUAUCAGUAAGCAAUGAGCAGUUAUUUGCAAGGAUAUUAUAAACAAGCGAUCUUUUUUGCAGAAAAAUUGCUAUGUUUAAGCUAAGAUUCAACAGCAUUGCCAUAUUUAGUAUUUUUGCUUGGAAUGUGCCAUUUUGCUAAUUAGGAAUUCUCAGGAGUGUAUAAUCUGUUUUUAAAGCAUAAAUUAACAUAAGGAGAUUUUGCAGUAUUAGGGGCUAGAGCUUUAUAUUCAAAUAGACAAUAUGAGAUGGGAAUCGAAAUUCUUUAAGAAGAGACUAGCUCAUAAAGCGAUUGGGUAAGAGGAUAAUGUUAUGAAGCCUUAGAGAAUAAGUAGUUAGCAGUUUCUAAUUAUUUUGAAUGCUUAUAGAAAACACCAACAAAUGUUCGAGUGUUUUAGCAACUAGUUGAUUCAUAUUUGAUUUCUUCAGAUGAAAAGGAAAAUUUAGUCUAACAAAUUUAAUUAUCUUCUGAUGAAGCCUGGCUAAAGGAUUACUAUUUAAGCAAAACAAUAAAUUAUGACAUAGUGAAUUCAAAAUUAGCUGAUCAUUUGCAAGAGGAGAAAAGGAAAAUUGUGUAAUAGUUACAAAUUGUUGAUAAAGUUGAAACUCAAUAAUUGAAACCAUCCCCAGUACGAAGUCCAUAUAUAAGAAAAGAAGAAAUUCCAAUUCAAAAUGACUUAAUUUAUGUAGCUUUGGAGAAGAAGAACAACAUAGACAUCUUAAAUGUUAAGGCGAAGAAAGCAUAUUACAAUUAUGAUAUAGCAUCUGCUUAUGAUUGGUCAUUGAAGGCAAUUAAGUAGGACCCUUUGUAUUUUGAAGUGAUCCCUACAUAUGUUUCAUGCUUGUUGGAAUUGGAAUAGAUAGCCGAACUUUAUUAUUGUGCUCACAAUCUAAUUGAGAACUAUGCUCAGAAUGCCUUAAGUUGGUUUGUAGUAGGAGUGUAUUACUUUUCAACCAAAAAGUAUGAAGUAGCAAGAAAACAAUUUUAAAAGUCCAUUUAGUUAGACUAGCACCUAAUAUACAGCUGGAUUGGAUUAGCACAUUCUUAUGCGAUAUAAGAUGAGUCUGAUUAAGCAAUGUCAAUAUAUAGAUCAAUAACAAGACAAUUUCCAGGAUGCUAUUAAGCACAUGUGUAUAUUGGUAUGGAAUACUUGAGAACUAAUAAUUUGCAAACUGCUAUUUUAUCAUUAUAAUAAGCCAAAGAUAUCAAUCCAACAGAUCCUAUGAUUUAGAAUGAAUUAGGAGUUAUAGCUUAUAAACAAAAGAAAUAUAAUGAAGCCAAAGAUUAUUUCUUAAAUGCCUUAGUAUUUUGUUAAAAUUCUAAUCAUAAAAUUAGGGAAUCUGCUUUAUAGAAUCUUGGACAUACAUUUAGAAAGUAGAAGGAUUACAAAAAUGCUAUUUAGAUAUUUGAAAAAUGUAUAUAAUUGAAUUCAGUUUCUCCAUAGAUAUUCUUUGGAUUGGCAUUCUCUUAUCAUUUAAGCGAAUUACCAAACAGUUUAAGCAAAGCCAUUCAUUAUUAUCAUAAGUCGCUCUCAUUAAAAUCUGAUUAAACUUUUGUUUAGGAUAUGCUAAGCAAGGCACUUUAGGAAGCUGCUGAUAUGGGAUUAUCAGAAUAUAUAAAUUGA